AUGGAUAACAUAUCAGAUUAUGUCAACAAUUAUACUUCUACGCAGAGCAACUCAGAGACUUCAUCAAAUUGCACACAUUCUGCAACUGAUUUUUUGAUAAAAGUGUAUUUUCUACCAGCAAUGUACAGCAUUAUUUUCAUUAUUGGAUUUCCAGGAAAUAUUAUUGCAAUAUCCAUAUACAUUGUAAAGAUGAGACCAUGGAGAACCAGCAUCAUAAUCUUAUUCAACCUUGCUAUUACAGACCUCUUGCAUCUGAGCAGCCUUCCUUUUUUAGUUUUUAACUAUGCAAAUCAGGAACAUUGGACUCUGGGGGACUUUAUGUGCAAACUGAUCCGUAUUGUCUUCCAUUUCAAUCUAUAUGGAAGUAUUCUCUUCCUCACUUGCUUCAGCAUCUUCCGCUAUUUUGUCAUUGUCCAUCCAAUGAAAUUCCACUCGAUUCACAAGAGGAGAUGGGCGGUAAUAGCAUGUGCAGCUGUGUGGGUAAUUGCAAUAAUAGAGAUCCUGCCCAUGGUUUUCCUAAUGACAGAAAUUCAGGAUACUGUUGCUUGUGUGGACUUCGCAGUUUCCCUAAAAAUGUACAACCUACGAUGGUAUAAUGCAUUUCUCACUUCUGUUGGCUUUGCAUUGCCCUUGGUGGUUGUGACCCUGUGCUACACAUCUAUAAAUGUCAGUUUGGCAAAUGGACCUUAUACAAAUGAUGACUAUAAGAAAAAAGCCCGUAAACUUGUUAUAAUCCUCUUGGUGGUUUUUUACGCUUGUUUCUUACCACUGCAUAUUCUCAGAGCCAUUCGAAUUGAAACACGACUUUAUAAAGUUGAAUGUUUUUAUGAGGCAUAUAUUCAUGCUGUGUAUAUAGCCUCUAGACCAAUAGCUUCAUUAAAUACAUUUGGAAACCUUUUACUUUAUGUUGCUGUUGGUGGAAAUUUCCAACAGGCCAUUCAAUCGGUUUAUAAAUGCAAAAACCCUUCUUACAAACAGCAAAAGUAA